AUGGAGUGCGGACCAAGGAUAGAGGAUGGUUCAAUUCGUGUCGAUGGCACCGAAUUAAACAAGGUGAACUGUUUCAAGUACCUUGGAUCCAAAGUGACUUCCGCAGGAGACAUUGAUCAAGGAGGGCGAGCACGUGCUAAUGCGGCAUGGAUGAAAUGGAAAAUGGCAACAGGCGUACUGUGCGACAGGAAAGUCCCUGUUCGACUGAAGUCGAAGAUCUACAGGAUGGUUGUGCGUCCUGUUGCCCUUUACGGAUGCGAGUGCUGGCCGACGACGAAAGCCUUGGAAAGAGUGUUACACGCUAUGGAGAUGCGGAUGUUAAGGUGGACAAUAGGUGUAACGCUAAAAGUGAAAGUAUCCAACGACACUGUGCGCUCCAUCUUCGGCGUCGUCCCAAUAACUGAGAAGAUGAAGGAGGCUCGACUGAGAUGGAGUGAGGCCGCGUGGGAGGCCAAAGAUUCACUGGUCCCCAACUGUUCUUUUGCAAGGAAUGAGCAACGAAGGAAAAAACACCUUGAUAAAAUCGGAUACUUUGACAACACAACAUCAUACUACUAUUUCGGAACUCUUGCAAACCAGGAAGGUUUCGAAGACGCCGAGGACGAAUGCAUGAGAAUUGGUGGACAUCUUCCCUCGAUUUCGAAUGCGUAUCAAAAUUCAGCAGUUCAAAAUGCGGCACACAAAUUGUUAGGAACAAACAAUGGUGGUAAAAUCAUCCUUGGCUACUCCAGUCUAAUGAAUACAGGAUUCUCAUGGAGCGACGGUAAUCCUUCCAAAUACACAAAUUGGGCAGGAGGAGAACCGGUGACUGCUGUCGCAGGGGUAGCAUGGAUGGAUCUCUACACAGGACAAUGGAAUACAGCAGCACCUUUUUCUACUUGUCAUUUUAUUUGUGCUCUUCCUGCCUAUCGUUACAAUUGCUAA